AUGUGACACUUGAAUCUCCAGGACGACCAACAACAAAAAAGCGGAGGCCGAGACAGCAGCUGGCUGUCAACAGCCAGGAGCUCCGCUGCGCUGAGCAGAGGCACCCGGGGCGCAGCCGCGGGUCAGGAAAGACGCAUCCGCAAAGGAAGGAAGAGGUGUGAGCCCGGCCCGGGCUGGCCGGGGGAGGCAGGGAGGAGAGACACUCGAGGCCGCUGGGCUGCCCUGCACCUGUGGCCGCCCCCGCCGCACCUGACUCGCAGCCCAGGAGGCACCCAGCAGGGGCCCGGCGCAGCAUGGCAGCCAGCAAGUUCGUGCAGGAGAUACACUCCAUCGGGGACAGGCUGCUGCUCAAGCUGCAGAGGCUGCCGCAGGCCGAGCCCGUGGAGGUCCUGGCCUUCUCGGUCCUGGUGGUUUUCACAGGCACUGUAGUGCUGCUGCUACUGAUUGCCUGCGGCUUCUGCUGCUGUCAGUACUGCUGGCCCAGGCGGAGAGGCAGGAGGACCCAGGUGGGACCCAUGACCCUACCCUGAGGGCCAGGGAGAUGGCCGAGAAGCCGGAGAGGAGACUGCCGACGCCACGACCCAGGUGUCAGCCUGGCCCCGCAGCCCUCACCCCUCAAGACAAAGACCCACGGCUCAGCCCUGGCUGAGCCCAGGGACCCGGACGCUGACUGAGAGACGUGGAGCCUCAGCAAGGAAACGUGCUGUUUCAGCCACAGAACUCUCACCUGCAAGGUGCCCAGGAGGGAUCGAUGGUUUCGAAGAUAGAAAACCACCAGGGAUUCUUUGCCGACCUGAGUUUUUUAACAAAGCACAGAGCGUGGUCCCCGUACUCACAGAACAGCCCGCAUCUGUGGGGAGCUGGCCCUCGGGGGUCCCAUGCCAGAGAGAAGCAGGCCAAUCAGAGGGGCUCUGUGCAGGAGCUACUGGGUCCCAAGCGCCCCCCAGAGUGGGGAACAUGUCAGUGUUCUAUUCCAGGGUUUGCCUGCUUCUUUCCAGUGUUUGCCUGCUUCUUUCCAGUAAAGGCUUUCUGGUUAUGUGUUUCUGCGGUGCCCCACUCCCCGGGCUGGGCCCUGUGCAUCGGGAGGGCGGCAUGCCAGGAGACCCGGGGUGUGGCCAGUGACUUUUCCUUGCAGCCUCUGCUCUCCUUGUGCCCACGGAAGCUGGAGAAACACGCAGGCAAGAAUGCCACGUUGGGGGGAAGGGGGCAAGCGGGCAAGACUCCGGAACCAGGGGAGGGCUGCCCUCCUGCCGAGCGCCGCUCCCCGAUGCCUGGUCGGCCGCGACGGAGGCUGCAUCUGCCCCAGGCAGGUGCUGGGCUCAAGAAUGCCACGCCAC